CGUAAGUGUAUAUUAUGUGCAUAAGUACUUUGAAGGUACUCAAGGUUUAAUUCUGUACCGAAUAACCGUACAUGUAACUUCAAGAUUAACAUUGAAGGUCCGUCCCUGUUCUUGGUGGCCUUGGGUACUUCGUAGUUAACUGGGCGCAAAGUGGGCUGUGCUAAUAAUUCGUCGCUCUUCAUUUCUCCAGUCUCGUGCUGUCUCCAACUCUCUUUUUUUUAUUUGCAUCAUUCUCCAUCUUCAUCCCUCCCCGGGACCGCAACAAUAACGAACAGCGACUCUAGUUCCAUACCUUACGUACUCAUGUAAUGGCCUGUUUAUACGGCACCUGCGCAACUAGUUCAUCCCGCAUAUCCAACAACUCACACACACCCGCUGCUCUUGUACCUGCAUGCUUGACGCCAUUGCUUCUCCAUUGCAAUGGCUGAGGUGGAUGUUGCACCGACAUUUGGCUCUGAGUUAAAGGAUGGCUUCAAACCUGCUAGUGCCUGGGUUGCCAAUGGCAUCACCUGGCUCGACGAUAUCCAAAGCUUCUACCGAGAACGUAGUGCCAUCGAGAAAGAGCACAGCGCAAAGCUCAAUGCCUUGGCUAAAAAGUAUUUCGAGAAAAAGAACAAGAAGUCGACUAGCGUGAGCGUUGGCGACACGCCUGCUAUGACACCUGGCUCCCUCGAGAAUGCUUCCCUAACCAUAUGGACCACCCAUUUAACCACCCUCGAAUCGAUAGCCAGCGAACACGAGAAAUACGCAAACGAUCUUGUUCAAAAAGUGGCCGAACCAUUAAAACACUAUUCUGGGAGGUUCGAAGAGCUCCGUAAGCGUCAUGUUGAAUAUGCCGCAAAAUUAGAAGCCGAGAGGGAUGCUUCCUAUGCUGACCUUCGGAAGGCGAAGACCAAGUAUGACGCUGCAUGCCAAGAGGUGGAGAGUAAAAGAAAGAAGACAGAGUCCUCCUUCGAUAAAACCAAGGCGCAGAGCCAAUAUCAGCAACAGCUGCAUGACAUGAACAAUGUCAAGAACACGUACUUGAUAGCUAUCAACGUUACCAAUAAGCAAAAGGAGAAGUAUUAUCACGAAUACGUUCCUGAAGUGCUAGACAGUUUGCAAGAUCUCUCGGAAUUCCGGACUAUUAAGCUGAAUUCGCUGUGGUCUACUGCGGCGAGUCUGGAAAUGACAAUGCUUCAGCAAAGCAACACCCUCGUUGACCACUUAGCCCAAGAAGUCACGCGCAACCAGCCACACCUAGAUUCUAUGAUGUACAUCCGACAUAACAUGGGUUCGUGGCAAGAGCCGGCCGACAAGAUAUUCGAACCUAGCCCCGUAUGGCACGAUGAUGACCUUAUGGUCACUGACGAAGCAGCUAAAGUUUUUCUACGCAAUGUAUUAAACAAGUCGAAAGGCCAGUUGGGAGAGCUUCGACGAGAGGUUGACAAGAAAAAGAGGGAAAUCGAGGGCAUUAAACGCACCAAACAGAGGAUACGCGAGGGAACGGAAAAUAAGGACGAAGUACUUGUCGUAUCUCAACUUUUCACCAUGCAGGAAGAGCUACAUCAAGUCGACUGCAAACGACUGACGGCCGAAGUAGAGACUUCAACCAUCACAACGACAGUCGGUGAUGUCACACUUGGGGCCAAAAACCACAAUUUCAAGUCCCAAACGUUCAAAAUACCAACUAAUUGUGACCUAUGUGGCGAAAGGAUAUGGGGGCUGUCUGCCAAAGGUUUCGACUGCAGAGAUUGCGGCUACACAUGCCACAACAAGUGCGAAAUGAAGGUACCUGCCGAAUGCCCUGGCGAGCUGUCUAAAGAGGAGCGUAAGAAAUAUAAGGCGGAGAGACAGGCAGCAGCCGGAGCUCUGCUAAAACCCCCAACCGGUCCACCGGAGCACGUCGCAGAGUUACCUGUUCUGAGUCGAUCUAAUACAAUGAACUCUCUAAGCUCCGGAUAUGCAGCCAGUGCGAAUCGAUCAAUCAGCGGCCCGGUGGGAAGCCCGCGUUCUCCUCCUGAAGAGGCACCGCCAGAACCUUCUGGUCCAAGACCCCCUGUAAAAAAGAGUCGCCUUGUCGCUCCACCACCUACCGCUUAUAUUAGUGAGCUACCUGGUAGUUCGGUUCCGACUAAUAAGACACCUGAACGAAAGGGUAAAAUGUUGUAUGCGUUCGAAGCGAGUGGAGAUGGUGAGAUUUCUGUUCCUGGAGGACGUGAAGUUGUCGUCCUUGAACCAGACGAUGGAAUGGGCUGGGUGAAAGUCCGUGCUGGAUAUAAAGAAGGGAUAGUUCCCGCGACCUAUCUCGAGGUUUUCCCUGAGCCUAUUGCCCCUCAAGAUACUGGUUCCUCGUUGAACAAUCGUCCGGCAUCCACCUAUUCGAACUCGGGCUCAUCCAUCGGCACGGCCGGCCCAACGGUCAAAAAGAAGGGGCCGGCAGUUGCGCCGCGUCGGGGCGCCAAAAAAUUAAAAUACGUUGUAGCUCUGUAUGCCUACACAGCACAGAGUGAUGUUGAACAUAGUAUGUCUGAGGGCGAGCGAUUUGUGCUGAUUAAGGAAGACCCUGGCGAUGGCUGGGCCGAAGUGGAAAAGGGGGGCGUGACCAAGAGUGUACCGGCAAGCUACGUACAAGUAGCAAACUAACCGAGCUCAGCAAUUGGUUUACGACUUGAAGCUGGCACAUGCUUCACUAUUGAAAUACUAGGUGUAGCCUCGAUUCAAGGUCCACAAGCCAUCAAGUACCUGGGUAGACAGGAGGUCAAGGCACUUGGAUUGGCGUUGGAUACUUGCAAGUCGACAUACCUUACAUAUGUAGAAAGCAAUGCUAAUGUAGUGAAAAUAUUCUAAUCCUA